AUGGACUUCACAGUACCAGCGGAUGAGAACCUGGCAAAAGCGUACUCGGAGAAAGUAAGCAAAUACUCCGAACUGGCCUUCCAACUUCGUGAAAGAUCACCAGAAGAGGAUCUAAUUACUAGAGAUGACCCAGAGUAUAUAAUAAGAGUGUUUCGACAAUUUCGUACAUACUACAAUAAUAUACCUGAUGAUGAGGAUGACAGUUGGACCGAUUCAAAAAGGGGACUGGACCUUGGACUCGGACGAGGAUACUCUGGAUCAUUGGCAGCGAAGCAGAGAAUGGGUUUAGCCUCAGCUAAUUUUGCUGGAGGACCAGGAAGAAGAAGACGAAAUGGACUUGAAGUCUAA